CGCUCCGGCUGCGGCAACUAGUUCUCCAGAACCGGUACUAGACAAUGAAAGCGAUGAAAAUCAGAAGAAGAAACGGAAACGAGACUCGAAAGACAACUGUAGGUUGUUUCCACUCUGACACGUCCUGAAUGUGGCUGAUGGUGGAUUUUCAUAUGAUUCUUCCUCCUUAAUCCGCCCGAUCUCACGACGGCCCGCCCAACCGCGACGCUUGCGCCCCUAUCCAGCCCCUAAGAAGUCAAUGUUAUGCCCGCCGAAGGCAGCACCAUCGACGUGGCAGAUUUACUUCACCGAUCAUUUACACUUGUAUCGGUCACGAUAUCCAGAUCAGAAGCUUAAUGUUGCUCAGGCUGCAAAGGAACUCGCCCAGCAAUACAAGGGUUUAAGUGCUGAACAGCGUGAGCCUUUCAAACGUCGUGCCCAGGCGGCGAAAGCUGAGCGAGACCGCCAGAUGCAAGCCUGGGAGAGGACUCUUACCCCUCAAGAUGUUAGGGCAGAAAACCAGUUUCGCACGGCUCAGCGAAAGGAUGGUAAAUCAAGGAAAGCAAACAUGAAGGAUCCAAAUGCACCGAAGAAGCCGUUAUCGGCUUACUUCAUGUUUCUGCAAAAGAUAAGAUCGAGUCCUGAACUGAUCAAGGAAGUUUUUGGUGAUGAGACCGGAACGACAAGGCAAAGCGUUCUCGCGGCUGCCAAAUGGAGGAGCAUGUCGGAUGAAGAGAAGAAGCCAUUCCUUGCGCGAGCGGAACAAGAAAAACUCAAAUACGAAGCCGCCCGACGUGAAUACGAAGACACCUUCUCCGAUGGUUUUGAGGGAUCUCCUGACUUCUUAUCUGGGCAUUUCAUUGGCAUUGAACAAUUGUCUCUCGAAGAUCCUUUCGUCAUCAGCAGUGCUGUGCCUGCGUCGCCGAAGAUGUCACCUUCACACGCCGGAACAUCUUCAUCGGGCAGCAAUAACCAUGAAUCGAGUCAUCGUAACUCAUUGAGUCAGGAAGACUUCCAUGAUGCGCUUGAGGAGGACUCCUGUAGGCGUGUGCAGUACUGAAUCCUCCGCUUCAUCUCGAUUCGCAAUUGUAACGACCCCUGAUACCCUUUAUUUAUCGCACAUAAUGCCCCUUUCGGGACCGCUUCCACGACUACCGUAUUCUUUGAGCUUUGUUUUGACUUUACGACGGCCUCUCUCAUGACCUUCCCUGUUCGCCAUCUUCAGUCCCCCA